GUAGUAGUUGGGUAAGCAACACGUAUCACCUUUAAACCCUUGCGUGUACAGCUAGUGAUAGAUAUCCUAAACCCACUUAAUAGUACUCUAUCAGAUAAGCACAUACACCCCAGGAAACAAAACACAGGCAGAGGCGGUUGUCUAAUUACACAAAAGAAAGAGGAAGCCAGGGUUUUGGGCUUAAAUUCAAUCGAGUGUUUGAGAUUCAAGAGUUGUUCGUGACUCCAAGCUUUAAAGCAAGUGACAGUAGAGUUCAGCAAAGCCAGACCUAGGUAUGCCGAGGAUGCGCCUCACUGCUCGUAAGAGGGUCCCGCUUAACCAUCCACAGAUCUUUCGGUUCAAUCUUCCUGCUCAGGAAUCUCUUACUGAGAGUGAUUCAGAUGGGAGUAGUGUUGAGAGGAGUCCCAGAGUACCCCCGCUGCCAUCGCAUAGCUCAUCAGCAAGUGUGGAUGCAAACCCAGUAGUAGCAGAACCUGAGGAAGACCCGGAAGAAGACCCAGUAGUCGGAUCUGUUCAGGAGGUGGUGGCUAACCCGGCUUUGGUAAGGAGUGUGGGAAAGACUGUUGAAGCUGUGAAGACCGGGAGGGUUCCCAUCAGUCAAAUGGAGCCUGGGGAGGCUCGGGUUAUGCGAAUCAUUGAGGAAGCAAAGCAGGAGGUAGGCAUCGAGACUGAUGCCGAUGGGCGCCAGCAUAUCGUCCAUCGUCAGAUAAGGGCCACAGCAUCAGUAUCUGCCACAUCUAGGGCUCCAGCGGGUGGGAUGACUCAGGCAGUCCCGCAUCAUGUAUUUGCUGCUUUGGGCCGGGACUGUGAUUUUCUACGUGGUCAGAAUGCGGAAAUUAGGAGGUUGAUGGAUGUACUGCUCCAGGAGAGGCGAGUCCCGGUGGAGGAUAGUGAGGCACGCUCCAGGAUUGGGGCAAUCGAGCACAUCGCCAGGCAGCGAUUGGCCGAGUUCCCAUCCACGAGUGAAUGGGACGUUGAGGCACGUAGGGUGACGAGGCUCAUCUGCUGGAUUCUGUCGGAGUUACGCGCAGUUCGUGGGCCGCGUAACUAGGGACUCCGACUCAGGAUGUGAACAACAGGGAAGAUUCCAAGACGAGACUAAGGUGCUCUUAUAGUACGGCAAGCAACCAGUCUCCUUUUUGACCAUGUAUAGGACGAAAGUCUGUGAUAUAGAUGCAGUACUACAUGCGUGGCGCAGUGGCAGCGGCAGCUGCAGAGUUAUCAGAGUUGGGAGGGACACCCCAUGUUUAGAUCCUUUCUUUCUUUGGUUACUUUUUCUUUUAUGAGUAAUGUACUUGUACUGGUUGACUUUUAGAUGGCUGAGGAUGUGAGAUGAUGUUUGUAUAACUUUUUAUUCUAUAUAUGUAUAUCGUUUGUAUAGAAA